AGUUGGGCGCUCUACAUCCUUAGGGACGGUUUGAUUGAAGACGGCCUGUCUUUCGGAGCGUCAUACUCCAGCUCUAACACGUGACUCAAUGGAUGUGGUAUGGUCAUGUGAUGCCAAGGCCGCCGGCCACUUAAUCAAAGCGCGAGCUAUAAAGUUGUUCCGUCUCCCAAGUGCCCCUCCAUGGCCCUCCAUGCCCCUCAUACGGUAAAAACAUGACUCCCGUAUGAAGAAUAACUAACUCGAUUAGUUUGAAAGUCAGCAGAACCCUUUAUAUGAAUUUCGUGUUCUUGCCGCGCAUACCAAGAUGAACCGUCAUUUGAAGCCCGAAGCCGAAAAGAUUCGAAAGGAGAUCAAAGAGAUGAUACCAGAGACGGCUACAGAAGAUAACAGCAACCUUGAGAAGGCGGACUGCCUUCGCAGUGAUGAUGGGAGAGUGAUGUAUGCAGGAGAGGCGCUUGCAAACAAAGUCGUCACCCUGCGCCAUUAUCUGGGUCUUGGUUCGGACUGGGGAUGGACCCUUUGGCAUUUUCCUGCAGCAAACGAACUAAUUAACAAAAACUCCUCAAUGUACCUCAUCCCACUAUCCGGCAGCGCAAACAUACCAGAAGGCGGAUCGUUAACUGAAGGCUCUUUUAUGCUUAUCACGAAUAACCCCAUAGUCAGGUCAGGAGCGACUGUCAUUAUUUUUAUGAAAAUUUUAUGAAGUGAAACUCUCAUAUUGUCAAUUUUAUUAGCGUUCAUAUUCCGAAUACAAAAUCAAUGUAUUUUAAAUGCAACUUUGCUUAUCACUAGAGUGGCACAGCGAAGCCGCAAAAUCCGCGCCAAUCCGCGCCGAAUCCGCAAUGGCGCGGAUUCGGAUCCAGUGGGCCAGAAUCCGAAGCGGCUGCGGAUUAUACA